GCUCAGACGGUAGAGCGCGUGGCUUUUAACCACGUGGUCGUGGGUUCGAUUCCCACAGACGGCGACGAUUUGGUUAUUUAGAAUUUUCCUUUAAAUGCUAACUUCAUUUGUAUUUUUAACUAUUAUUUGUGUCCAACCAGCCAGAGAGAAAAGAAGAUAAUGCUGGUGAUCCACUGCUACGCAUCAGCACCUUACCUCCGUGCUCCCCACCAUCCCACCCUCCAUUACCUUCUCCGGAAAACUCCACCAGCAUCACUGAUCAUCUCUGCAACCUGUCCUCAUCCCAUAUCUCCUACAACAGCUAGUACAAGGAGAACGUUAGUUGUGUCUAUAGCAGUAACCACCAGUUUUUCUACAUUAAUCUUGUCACUCUAUGCUUCUGCUCCUUCAAAAUCAGCCAUUAACACCGACUUCUUCGACCUCCCUAACUCCGGUGGUGUCAAGGCCUUAGACCUCCGUGCUGGCACCGGUGCAACUCCCGUUGAUGGAGACCAGGUUGCAAUACAUUACUAUGGAAGGCUGGCAGCAAAGCAAGGAUGGCGGUUUGAUUCCACUUAUGACCAUAAAGAUAGCACUGGAGAACCAAUUCCCUUUGUCUUCACCCUUGGCUCCGGGAAAGUCAUUUCUGGGAUUGAAGCAGCUGUCAGAUCAAUGGAAGUAGGUGGUACUCGUCGAGUUAUCAUUCCUCCGUCACAAGGAUAUCAGAACACUUCGCAGGAGCCUAUUCCCCCUAAUUUCUUUGAUAGGCAGAGGCUGUUUACCACCAUUUUCAAUCCAACCCGUCUUGCGAAUGGAGAAGGCUCAACAUUGGGUACCCUAAUAUUUGAUAUUGAGUUGAUCAGCCUAAGGCAUCCGGAGUAACUUCUAUGCAUCCAGAUUCUUGUUAUAGUUUUGGAAACCAAAAUUAUAUAUCCCACUCAGAUGUCUCAUUUAUUCCUUAGUUAUCCAAACAUAUAUUCAGUUCAAGCAGCUGCGUUUUAUUGCAAACGUCCAGCAUGGAGAUUAUUACUGGUAAAUGCAGGUAUUUCACUUCCUCUGCUUCUUGAACCAUAGAUGAAGGAAUCAGUGAAUCGCUUUAGAUGUCUAGCAAGACAAAAGUUAUGUAUUUUGAUUAUAUUACUUCAUUUGAACAUGAGAUUUCUUGUCCUGUUUUCUAUAUGGCCAAUUACAGCUGGCCUAAUUUUUAUUAUGGCUUGAAACUAUAUGUAACUACAAUAUGCAAUUCAAUCUUUGUAAAUUGCAGAGACUUUAUAAUUUUGAUGCCAGGAAGAUUGCACUGACAAAUUCCCCUCCCAUGGGGUGCAUCCGUCUUGAGAGAGAAACACAUUUAUGUGCUGAUAAUUGUGUUUCCUCAUCGAAUGAUCUAGCCAAGUUAAUAUAACUCUAGAUUGAACAGCCUGCUCCAAGAACUUACAAUCAGUGGUGGAUCUACACUGUGACGUAGGAAAAAUUUUUUGAAGGAAAACUUUUCUUUGGAACCUCUGAA